UCACGACCAAGGGCAACCUGGGUGAUGGAAACGAAGUUCUACCGUAAAAUCUACUAUUCCCUGCAUGAAAUAAACUGAAUUUUAUCGCUUUUCCUUGGAACUUGCCAUGUGGGAGCUUACACCUAUUGAUCCCAAAGCGCAGGACAUUAAUCAAGGGACUGUACGAUUCAUUGUAGAUAAAGAGUAUGUCGUCGGGAGAAAAGAUUGUCAAAUCUUGAUAAAUGGGGAUCCCUCAAUCAGCCGCAAGCAUGCAGUUUUCACAAUCGGCUUCAAUAUCUCAGACUUGGGAGACACAAGCAAGUUACCGGAGGUCACUGUCAGAGACACAUCCAAAUAUGGUGUGUCUGUUAACGGAACAAAGUUGGAGUCUGGUGGUAGCUGCCAACUAGCGAAUGGAGAUGUCAUUCUCUUUGGAACACAUAACAGCUCUUACAGACUUUCCUACAUACAAACUGUGUUCGCUACUUCUUGUCUGGACACAAACAAGAAGAAAAUACUUAAGAAACAAAUCCAUAAACUAGGAGGACAUUUGUUGAGUGAGUGGCGUCGUGACUGUACAACACAUCUAGUCAUGGAGGGAUUAACAUUCACUGUUAAGGUCAUCCAGGCUCUUGCCAGUUGUUGCCCUAUAGUUACUCCUGAGUUUGUGGAUGAAAUGAUCAAGUCUUCUGAGGAGAACAGACCAUUACAAGACUACAGGAAUUAUCUUCCCCCAAUAAAGGAAGAAACUAUCAAAUCAGAUGGAGAGAAGUUCCUGCCCAACCCUGAUAGGAAGUCUCUUUUUAGUGGAAAGAAUUUUGUAUUUCUCAGCAAAAAACAGUACAAGAGGACAUUUGAGGCAGUGGAGCAGUGCGGUGGUAGAACAUCUCUGUACGAGUCAGCAGACUGCCUUGUAGACAGUGAGAACCUGGUGGCAAGCAAUUGCUGCGUCAUGAUGGUUGAUGCCAAGGAGAGGGAAUCACUUGCUCCUGCAACCAGGCAGUUCAUUGGACAAGCCAUGGAUGUGCUCAAAAGGCAUCGAAUGCGCCCGAUUCCUGAGUCUGAGCUUGGUCUGGCCAUUCUUCAGGUGUCAUUAUCCACAUACUGUAACCCAAACAUGGAAGCAGUUCCCCUGUUGACGCAGAACCUUGUCUGUCAGUCCCUACAAAUUGGACCAGAGGAGAUUUCCCAAGUCUUCUCACAACACAGGGCCACAGAUGAUCAGUUCAAGAAACCUAUAAUGCCAUGGAAAGGGAAUUCCAAUAAACUUGGCUUUGCCAAGACAGAACCCAAGACAAGUGUGAUGGAAACAGUGCUUGAAACGCAAACACAGACAUCACCAGUCGAUAAAAAGCCAACAGGAAUCAUAGCUGAGACUCAGAGAGAUAGUCAAGCCCCCCACACAACAGUACACCAAACCAGCACAUCACCAGGAAAAGACAAGAGCACAAUGGAUACUACACCAGUAAAGCAUGCAUUGGUAUCUGACACUCCCCUCAAUGAAACUCUGCACUGGAAAAAACGGCCAACAAUAAAGGCUAGCCCAAUCGCAGAGACCCAGUUUGACACAUCUCGCUCUGUUUUCCAUGCACAAAGUAUGGAAAACUCCCAACACCACUUUCAACAGGCUUCCAACAAAAGCCCUGAACUUGACCCUUCAAAACCUAAGAAUACUAGUGAUGAUAUUAAGUUUGCAGUGCCUGAAAGUAUGGAAUUUGAGUGUGACAGUUCCGUGCGGGAACAUGGUGGAAAAGGAAGCUCAUUGCUAUCAGAGUCAAAUGUUGAAUCAGUGUCGGAGUGGAAGACUGCUAAGAGGGCAAGAUUGGAGAGUAAUGGGUCACUGACAGAGGAUAUGAACCCAUGUAAAAGAAAUCGGAAUGAAGAAGCUAGUAAAAACGGCUUUCAAGAAGAAAAUCUCCCGAGACAGACAGCUAGUGUCAAAGAAUUGCCAUCCACAUUUGUCCACAAACGCACAAGAAGGUCCGACUAUAAAAGUGAAAUCACCUCUCAGCUAAGCCGUCAGUCAGACGAUGAUAAUGAGACACCACAAGCUGAGACAACUAUAGAUUCCAGGCCAUCAAUAGUUAAUGGUACAAGUUGCCAAUUGCCUGAUGGUUUCCUCUCUGCGAGGCUCCCAAGACAGCUAUCCCUCAAGCAAGGUGACGAAGAAGAUGAAGAAGACGCCUCUCCACUGAGGAACCUUGUGAUUGUAGAAGAAGCAUCCCUUGUGGUGAGGAGACCCCGUGAACCCGGGCAAGCUAUUCCCUCGGCAGAUGGCAAUACCAGGAACUUCAAGAAGUUCAAAAAGCAAUGGUACCCGGGGCGGGACAGCGUGCUUCCCAGGCUUAUUGGCGGCAGUGAUCUUGCAGUGUUUGAGAGCCAGACUGGGGUGGAGCAGGAAUUAUGGUUUGCUGAAGCAAGAGAGGUUGAUGCAGAACAAGAAAGACUAGACAGACAAGCAGAACAGAUGUUCUUAAUGGAAACUGAAAAGAAAACCAGAAAAAAGAGAUAGUUUUGUAAAGGUCUUUUUUCAGAAUAAACUUAUAUAUUAAUUUA